GAGGGCGAGUCAGAGACAGGUAUGUACACGACCGGGAAACUUCCUUAUUCUGGAGAACGAAAGUCUGAGCUGCGGAUAUCACAAAGCUGUGAGGCCUCGGCAUCUCCACCAUGCCUGUCGCUUACAAGGAUCAGCUCUACGCUGAACUGAAGAAGCAGCACAACCAGAAAGGGACGUUGUUUGAAGAUCCAGAGUUUCCAGCCACCAAUUCAUCAGUUUAUUACCACAAACCCCCUCCUGGAGUUGUGCAGUGGAAACGACCCAGGGAAAUAUGUGAAAACCCACAUCUCUUUGUAGAGGGCAUCAGCUCUCAUGACUUGAACCAGGGGAUUGUGGGAAACUGCUGGUUUGUUGCUGCCUGCUCCUGCCUGGCUUUAAAACCAGAACUCUGGGAAAAGGUAAUUCCUGACUGGAAGGAGCAGGAGUGGGAUUCAAACUACGCUGGGAUUUUCCAUUUCCGGUUCUGGAUCUUCGGUGAGUGGAUAGACGUGGUGAUAGACGACCGGCUGCCGACAAUCAACGGACGACUCAUCUACUGUCAGUCAAAACAAAACAAUGAGUUCUGGAGCGCCCUGCUGGAGAAAGCCUACGCCAAGCUGUUUGGCUGCUAUGAGUCCCUGGCUGGAGGCAACACUGGAGAUGCUGUGGUGGAUUUCAGUGGAGCCGUGGCGGAAGCCAUCGACCUGCAGAAAGAGAAAUACUAUGCAGAUCAAACCAAAGAAGAUACAUUUUUUGAGGAUCUUCUCAAGGUGUGGAAUCGCGGAGGAAUCAUCAGCUCCUCCAUCAAGCCGCAGGGAUUUGGACUUGAGUCGAGGACGGAUAACGGGCUGGUGCGAGGCCACGCGUACUCCGUAACUGACGUGAAACGAGUGCGCUUGGGUCACGGGCUGCUGGCCUACUUCAAGAACGAAACCAUUCCACUCAUCCGCCUGAGAAAUCCCUGGGGCAAAACUGAGUGGACAGGAGCGUGGAGUGACAGUUCUGAAGAAUGGUCAAAAGUCGGUGACACAGAAAGAGGCAACCUCGGCAUCACAGUGGCGGACGAUGGAGAGUUUUGGUGGGUCGGGGUCUCUGAUUACACUCCAUUCUACAGAAAGAAGGUCACAGAGCCCCUAACAGUGCAGUUGUGGAGCGAUGACCUUGGAUCGGACAAAUUCUUAGGCCAAGUCAUGCUGUCCGGGAGGCCUGAUGACAACUCUCACCCUCAGCAGCUCCAGCUGAAGAAUAAAGGCAGUAAGACGGCGGACAAUAUGCCCGGCAAAAUCGCCCUGAGGAUCCUCACUUCAAACGAGCUGACGGCCUUGUAAUGAGACAUUUGAAACGUACAGUAUCUGACUUAACUGUCAUCGAUGAACUGAAACAGCUUGAACACCGUCCAUUAUUAUUUUUUGAAAGCUAGGAAAGCAAGAUGACUGACCAGAUUGUGGGUUCAUUUUGACUUCUUUUUAUAAACAUGUUUUUGUUGACUACUAUUUUUAUAUUUGUGUGUUUGGGAAAGUAUUUUUUCAUGAAACAAUGAGUAAAACUGAAGUAACACUACGAAGCCUGUCAGUGAACUUGACAGGAUCAUUCUAGCUUGGCCAUUGCCUUCCUGUGCCAUUUUACUUGAUUCAAAUCUCGCCUAUAGCUCAGUCUGGGCUUUCUGCCAUUUACUUGGAUUCCCUCUGCAAGAAUUUCUACUGGGCUAUUACGUUGUGAACGAUUACGUCAAUUUGUAGUCUGUCUGUAGUUCUAGUAAUGACAGCAAAGGAAGUAAAUCAAAUGUUUCAGAUUGUGUUGGCCACGUUUCCAAAUAUUUUAUUAACAUUAGAAGCCGCCUCUAUCGGAUCAAUACCAAUAAAAGGAUAAAAAGUAUUCAAAGAAUUUCCUGUCUUUCUAAUUGUUGCUUCUGAUAAAUCAGGUUUCUCCUCGACUUUUUACAUCUCGACAUGUAAAGCCAAAAAUGUUUAUCUUGAAUGAAGCGGCUGCCACGAUUGAAGAUGAUUGGUGUGACUUAUACCCAUCAACGUUGCCUUUUUUCUAGAUAAAUGCCUUUUGAUAAAUACAGCAAAUUGAAUGUAAAAGGCUUGUUCUUUUGCAGCUAUUUGUAUUAUGUUUUUUUUAAAUGUCUUAAAUGAGGAAGCCUCCUGUCGCUUUGUUUUGUAGAGAUAUAGUUUACCAUGAUGUAAAUACAUGUCCUUCCUCUUCUUUCAUGCUUUUCAGAUUAAACAACUUUUUUCUUUCUUCUUCUAUAA